AUGGCUCGAGAGGUCCUCUUUUGGCCUGGGAUGAGGAACUCUAUUCAUGAUAUGUGCAGUGCGUGUGGAACAUGUGCACAGUAUGGAAAUGAAGCACCCAGAGAACCAAUGAAGUCUUUGCCAAUACCCACCAUGUCCUGGCAAAUUAUAAGUCAAGAUUUAUUUGCCUUUGAGAAAAAGACUUACCUUGUCACAGUUUGUCACUUCUCUGACUGGAUUGAGGUUGACGAAUUGGAAGACACUCUCUCCGCUACAGUGAUAGCCAAAACAAAGGCUCAUUUCUCUCGCUAUGGGAUUCCGAGUGUGUGUCAUACAGACAAUGGACCUCAGUUCAUCAGCAAAGAAUAUGAAGACUUUGCUCAGCAGUAUCACUUCAAGCACACAACGUCUUCACCAUAUCAUCCACAAGGAAACGGAAAGGCUGAGUCAGCUGUCAAAGUGGCAAAAGCUAUGAUGAAGAAAUCUGAUGACAAAGAACUGGCAUUCUUGAACUACAGAAAUUCUCCCCAAAAGGGACAUACCUAUUCACCUGCACAACGCAUGAUGAAUCGUCGCACAAGGACUUUGCUGCCGACACCAAAUCAACUUCUGCAGCCCCAGGUAGUGGAUCCCGAAAUAGUUUAUAGAGAGAUCAGGGGCAAAAGAAUCUCUAGCAAGACUCAGUACGAUAGAUUGUCUGGUACAGAGCAUGAACCAAUAGAAACUGGCAGUUAUGUGUAUGCUAAACCUCCACCAAACCAGAGAGGAAAACCUUGGGCAUAUGGGCAAGUCAUCCACAAGGACAAUACAAGGUCUUACAAAAUAAAAACCCCUGGUAGCACACUGAGAAGAAACCGUGUGCAAAUCAAGCCAGCAGCUGCGCCACCACCAUCAAACAACUACAACUCAUCACAGAGGGCGCAUAAUCAAUUGAUCUUGAAGAAUGCUGAAGUCCAAACAACUGUACCAAGUUCACCCAUGAAACCUGUGACAGAUCGAAGUGUAACAGCCCAAGCCAGCCCUAACAUUACACAGAAUGUAGAACAAUCAAAGACUACACAGCCAGGUUUUCAACCUACAGAAAGUGUUACAGAUAUUACCAAGAUAUCUGAAGAGACUUGCUCACCCUCUGGGGAUGACUUCAACUUUCCUAUAGUAAACAUUCUCUUUACGUCUAGCAAUAAUCCAACAGCUGAAGCCUUUACUGCCUUUACUGCCUACAUCUCACAACUUUAG